CUCACCCGUAUCUCCGGGCCAUAUAAAGUGCAGUAAUGGACCAGACCCGGUUAGUGUCUCCGUCGCCGUCAUGAAGUGCUUUUCAUUAUUAUUCGCCGUGCUGGCGCUUCUGUCGCUCCUCAGUCUCGGACAUACUUACUCUAUACCCAAAAUAACUAUUAGAAAUGGAGAUAUUACGGUUCACGGAAACUGUAACAACUGCAAUGUGAAAACCACCAGGAAUACGGCACAAGUGUCCUGGAAACACACUUACAAAUGGAAGUCCAGAGGAUAAUUUCUUUAAAAAAAAAGUGAUAGUUUAAACAGGAUACAGUACUUGCCAUUUACAAAAAUAUAAGUUAUUAAAUUAUUAAAUAUUUAAACUAAAAAA